GCCAAAUUCAUCCCAAAAGAGAAAUGGGUUGUCGCCGGUGAUGACAAUGGCUGCAUUCUUGUGUACAGUUACGAAGAACACCAAGAUGUGACGAGCUUUGAUGCUCAUCGUACUAGCAUCACAUGUUUGGCUGUGCAUCCGACACGGCCUUUUGUGCUGUCAUCGUCGUAUGACGAUCAUCUGAUUAAGAUUUGGGAUUGGGAGAAGGACUGGGAGUGCACUCGAACAUUUGAGGGGCACAACAGGGUGGCGCAAAUGACGUUUAACUUGGACAACACCAGCAGUUUCGCCAGUGCUUCAUCGGAUGGCACGGUCAAGAUAAGGAGUGUUGAUUCUGAUGAUGGUAAAAUCAUCACACUGGAUGGGCUCUGUGUUGACUACUUCAUACGCCGUGAUCGGCAGCAUCUGAUCACCGGCACUAAGGACGGCACUGCACAGAUCUGGAACUUGGAGAUGGAAGCUGGAUGUGUUGAAAGGCUAGAAGGGCACAGAGGACGUAUCACUAUCGUCCAUUUGCACCCCGAGCUUCCACUGCUGAUUACAUGCUCACUUGACGGCACUGUCAGUCUAUGGAACUCCACUACCUAUAAGAUUGAGAAUAUAAUUGCUUUCAACCUGGGCGCAGUUUGUGCAUUUGGUUAUGUAAAGGCCUCGAGAAGGAUGGUGGUUGGAUGCCACAAUGGAAUAGCCACGGUGGAAAUACCUUCUUCUUGAACUUCAUGUUGGAUAGCAAAAAUAACAACAAGGAUUGUUUGAUGGAAUCCAACUGAAACUUGAUAGAUUUCACUCAAUGCCUAAAGUGUGAGGGGGGAAGUGAAAACCACCUAUGGCCCCACCCAAUCCUGCCACGCAUCUACUGACAUUGUUGUAUUUAUGAUUUCACCAAUUCCAACAUAAGUGUGAGUGCACCAAAGAACAGUUCGGUUUGUUUUGUAUGUACCUGAGUUGCUCAAGUUUUGUUCUGCUGUGC